AUGUUUUCGUUAAUAUGUAAUGGAAUGUUGCGGGUUGCAUGUAGCAGUAAUGAGAUAAUAAUGAGAUAUCCUGAAUACCGCUUGCUAUUUCCGUCGAUCUACAAUUCACAACAAUAUCGAGGACGUAAGCGUAAUUUGAAACGUGCACUUACUAAGCAGGAACGCCAGGAAAGACGGUUGAAACGUGAGGCAAAAGAAGCAGAACGGAAAAAGUAUACCUUUAUGCAAAGGAUCCAAAUUUCACGAAUGAAACAAAUGACUUCCAUAUCUGAGCAGUUUCCUGGUCGCUUGAAUCCAGCUAAGGAAGCACAUUUACCGGAUAGACCGACCACAAAUAUUUUCAUCCGAAGUGCCUACAAAACUCAGUAUUACUCAGUUUCAGAAGCACUGCAAAUGCACAGGGAAAUGCAGCAACCGUCCAUUUACAACAAUCCGAAUGCGCGUAUUCGACUACGUAUGGAACUUAAUAUGACAACAGAAAAGAAGACCAAAAUGGUUGCUGAUUCCGAAGAGCUGGUACCAAUUCCUUAUCCAUUCAAGCAUAAUGAGAAGAGGACAAUACUAGCAUUUGCAUAUGAGCAACAUAAUCGAGAUGCAGCAAUUGAGGCUGGUGCCGAAAUCGCACUUGGUCCUGAUAUGAUUAAAAAGAUCAUUAAAGGAAUGUUCCGAAUUGACGACUAUGACUUUUGCGUUGCACACACUGACAUGGCUUCCAGUAUUCUUCCUUUACGAGGAAUUUUAAGAUCACGUUUUCCAAAUAAAAUCAAUGAGCAUCUUUUAUCAGGUGGUCUUGGUGAUAAUUUCGAAGAAAUCAUCAGCAAAUUUAAAAAUGGUGUAAAAUUAACGAUUCGAGGUGAUCCAGUCAUGCCUAUUUGGGGUCUUUGUGAUACUGUCAUAGGACGGUUAACAAUGGAUGAUAGAGAACUAGAAGCAAAUAUUGCAGCUGUUAUUGAGGCUUUAUGUAAACAUCGAAAUCCUGCUUUAGGGCCAUUCAUCAACCGCGCAUUGCUUAUGAUUAUACCUGGUGAUGCUCACUUCGCUCUUAAUGUUAAUCCGUUUUUACCGAUCCCAACAGAACAAGAAUUUGAAAAAAUUGAAAAACAGAUGAAAAAAAGGAAGAAGGAACCAGUAUCUGCGAAGGUUGACAAUUCCGAAGCUUCAUCAUCUACGGUUGAAGCUUAA